UCGCGUUCCGGCAGCCGGUGCGGCAGAGAUUUCAUCAUGCAGGGAAGGGGGGUGUGAUGCUCGUGCUCAGGUCCCUCCCCGCCCGGCUGCUACCGCUGCGACAUCUGCCCGGCUCUCUCACCCGGCACACCCGAGCCGCAGCACGGACGCCCGCAGCCCCACACCCGGCACCCGUGAUACAGGCUGCCACACGCAGCAUGGAGGAGCAGCUGGCGCCCCUGAGGCUGGCGGUCAGAGAACAGGGUGACCUCAUCCGCAAGUUAAAAGAAGAGAGAGCCCCGCAGGUGGUUGUGGACCGGGCAGUGGCUGAGCUGAAGGCCAGAAAACGAAUUUUGGAAGCAAAGGAAUUGUCUCUGCAACCCAAGGAUGACGUCGUUGACAGAGCGAAGAUGGAAGACACACUGAAGAGACGCUUCUUUUAUGACCAGGCUUUUGCCAUAUAUGGAGGGGUCAGUGGCCUGUAUGACUUUGGACCUGUCGGCUGUGCGUUGAAGAAUAAUAUUAUUCAGACAUGGAGACAGCACUUUAUACAGGAGGAGCAGAUACUGGAGAUUGACUGCACCAUGCUCACUCCGGAACCCGUCCUCAAGACCUCCGGCCACGUUGACAAGUUUGCCGAUUUCAUGGUAAAAGAUGUGAAGAACGGAGAAUGCUUCCGAGCCGACCAUCUUCUGAAAGCUCACCUCCAGAAGCUCAUGUCAGACAAGAAGUGUACGGCAGAGAGGAAGGCAGAAAUGGAGAACGUCCUAACGCAGAUGGACAACUACGGCCAGCAAGACCUGGCCGACCUCUUUGUCAAGUACAAUGUAAAAUCUCCCAUCACCCUAAAUGACCUCUCUCCUCCGGUAUCUUUCAAUCUCAUGUUCAAAACGUCCAUCGGACCUGGGGGCAACAUGACUGGCUAUCUGAGACCGGAAACUGCACAAGGAAUCUUCCUCAACUUCAAACGUCUCUUGGAAUUUAAUCAGGGAAAACUGCCGUUUGCUGCUGCUCAGAUCGGAAACUCCUUUAGAAACGAGAUCUCUCCCCGAUCGGGACUCAUCAGAGUACGAGAAUUCACAAUGGCAGAAAUAGAGCACUUUGUGGACCCCAACGAAAAGAAUCACCCCAAAUUUGAGAACGUUGCGGACCUCAGCAUAUUGUUGUAUUCCUCCAAAGCCCAGCUGAGCGGGGAGUCUGCGCACAAGAUGCGGCUCGGGGACGCUGUACAACAGUGUGUGAUCAACAACUCUGUCCUGGGAUACUUCAUCGGAAGAAUCUACUUGUACCUCGUUAAAGUUGGCAUCUCACCGGAGAAGCUGAGAUUCCGGCAGCACAUGGAGAACGAGAUGGCUCAUUACGCCUGCGACUGCUGGGACGCAGAGGCCAAAACCUCUUAUGGCUGGAUAGAAAUUGUUGGCUGUGCCGAUCGCUCAUGUUAUGAUCUUUCCUGCCACUCCAGAGCCACAAAAGUGCCACUUGUGGCUGAGAAGCCUCUUAAAGAACCUAUAUCGGUGAAUGUCGUCCAGUUUGAGGCUAAUAAGGGAGCUGUGGGCAAGGCGUACAAGAAAGACGCCAAGCUGGUGAUGGAGUAUCUGGCCAUCUGUGACGCCUGCUACGUGUCGGAGAUGGAGCAGCUGCUAGAGGAAAAAGGGGAAUUUGCUAUUGAAACAGAAGGGAAGACUUUUAAAUUGACGAAGGACAUGGUCAGCGUCAAGAAGUUUCAGAAAACGUUACAUGUGGAGGAAAUAGUGCCAAAUGUCAUUGAGCCGUCAUUUGGUCUUGGAAGAAUCAUGUACACCGUUUUAGAACACACAUUCCAGGUCCGACAAGGGGACGAGCAGAGGACGUACUUUAGUUUUCCAGCCAUAGUAGCUCCAUAUAAGUGUUCGGUGCUCCCGCUAAGCCAAAAUCAGGAAUUCAUGCCUUUCGUGAAGGAGCUGUCGGAGGCUUUAACUAAGAACGGCGUGUCUCACAAAGUAGAUGAUUCCUCUGGAUCCAUCGGGAGGCGCUACGCUCGGACAGAUGAGAUCGGUGUUGCCUUUGGUAUCACAAUAGACUUUGAUACAGUGAAUCGCACUCCACAUACUGCAACACUCAGAGACCGUGACACAAUGCGGCAAAUAAGAGCCGAGAUCUCGGAGCUUCCUGGCAUCAUCCAAGGUCUGGCUAAUGGUUUCCUGGCUUGGGCAGAGGUGGAGAAGAAAUAUCCUGUGUUCGAGGGGCAGGAGACCGGCAAGAAGGACACGACUGAGGAAUAGAAGAUGCAGAUUGGGCCCAUUUUACCAGUGACCCUGAUGUUCGAAAUUUUAUCCAGUUGACAAUUAAGGGAAACAGGCAUUUUCUAAUGCUUACAGGGAUAAUCCUUAAUUAUCACUUCCAUGUAAAGCUCUCUGACAUUAAACCACAUGAUCAUUUA